AUGGGUAUCGAGGGUUUGGUGCCAUACCAGCAAAUGUUGAAACGGCUCGUCUACCCGAACUUACAAGAGGCCGAGGAAAAAGAACAAGAUACAGAAUACAGCCUGGACGAAGACUUCGGCAAAGAACUAAAAACAAAAAAACAACUAAAAAAGCCAAGCGUACUAGAAUUACUACUAAACGUACUAAGAAAAAGCGUAAAGUUCCAACAAGAACAACUAAACAGUCAGUUCGUACAUUACCAGAGGCGUAAGACGAUGCUAUGUGUGGCAAGACAAGUACAUCCUGGUUUAGAAGGGCCGGCAGCGAGUUGUGAGUUGGCAAACAAAUGCAAUCAUACAUGGCAGCCAGUAUGUGGUCAACAACAACAUGAAUUAACUAAAAGGCUAUUUAUCGAUGAGUGUGAUAUGCACGAGUAUAAUUGUGAUAACAAAAUAUCAUACAUCAAAGUUACUUUGAAGACAUGUGCGUAUAAAUGUACACGUAGUGAACUUAAUACACCAAAAUUUAAACCCCCUGCAUCCAUUACGACUGAUACUACCGAUACAGAAACUACUACAGCACAGUCCAGUACUACCGACACAGGACUCACUACAACUCAUGCUACAACACUGUCCAGUACUACCAAAACAAAAACCACUACAACUAAUAGCGCUGAAACUUCUUCAGAAAAUAAUUUUAUAUCAGAAGAUCCUGUAACUAUAACACCUACUUCUUUAGAACCAGUAAGUACUGUAAUAACUACUACUGUCAGUACUACUACUACUCCUACUACUACUAAUGAAUCAACUAUUAUAGAGACCACAAAAGUAACAUCUAAUGAAAUUGAAACAGACGAAGAAACCACUACUGAACCUCAGACAUCAGCAUAUACAAAGAAAAGUACAACUGGUAUACUUCGAAACUGUACUGAUAUGGAUAAAGAUUGCUUAGUGCCCUCUACUUGGGAAACUACUCAUGCAACAGAAACCAGAGACUUUUAUCAAAUAAUUAGAGAGCGUUUCGGAGACAAAGUGAAAUUUUUAAAACACACUACCCAUUUUGCAAGGCGGUAUAAAUAG